GCUCGGUAACGGGACCGGAGGACCAUUAACGGGGACCGGGUUCAGGAUUAACGGAGGACCGGAAGGACCGAAGGACCGACUCGGCUUUUAUUUUGUCCGUCAGGAUGUUUCCCGCCCUGCUCGCGCUCCUGGCCGCGCUCCCCGCCGCGCUGUGCACGCGCAGAGACGUGCUCGAGCUCGGGGACGCGGACUUCGAUUACCUGGCGGCCGAGCACGAGACCAUGCUGGUCAAAUUCUACGCUCCAUGGUGUGGACACUGUAAGAAGUUGUCUCCAGAGUUUGAGAAAGCAGCGAGUCGACUGAAGGGGGCGGUCCAGCUGGCCAAGGUGGACUGUACGUCCCACCUGGAGACGUGUUCUCGGUUCGGGGUGUCGGGUUACCCGACCUUGAAGAUCUUCAGGAAUGGCAGAGACUCCGCCCCCUACGACGGACCCCGCACCGCAGAGGGGAUCUACCAGGUGAUGAGGAAGCAGACUGGUCCUGACUCGGUUUACCUGGAGACCAGGGACCACCUGCAGAACUUCAUCGACCAAUACGACGCCAGCAUCGUCGGUGUGUUCUCAGGUGCAGACAGCUCUCACCUGUCAGAGUUCCUGAGAGCUGCUGGUUUGCUGAGGGAACAGUUCAGGUUCGCUCACAGUCUCGACCUGAAGCUCGCCGACAAGUACACCAAGUCCUCCGAGUCCUCCGAGUGCGUGCUGCUGUUCCGUCCGCUCCGAUUGGCCAAUAAGUUUGAAGAUGACGUCGUGGUGUUCAGAGAUCAGCUGACCAUCGGAUCCCUGAGACGCUUCAUCAGAGAUCACCUGUACGGUCUGUGUCCUGUCAUGACGAUGGAGAACAGAGAUCGUCUGAGAGUUCGUGACCUGCUGACGGCGUUCUACGACCUCGACUUCCAUCACAACCCCCGAGGGUCCAACUACUGGAGGAACAGGGUGAUGAAGGUGGCGUCUCAGUUUUCUGGGCGGGGCCUGGCGUUCUCAGUAGCCAAUAAGAAGGACUUCCUGUCUGAGCUGGAGGAGGACUUCGGCCUAUCAGACGGAGGAGAGCUGCCCGUCGUCACCAUCAGGACCCGCCUCGGACACAAGUUCACCAUGAGGGAGGAGUUCACGAGGGACGGUUCUUCUCUUCAGAGGUUUCUUGAAGAUUACUUCACAGGUCGACUGAAACGUUUCAUUAAGUCUGAACCGAUACCUGAGAGAAACUCCGCCGCUGUCAAGGUGGUGGUUGCGGAGUCCUUCGAUGAGGUGGUCAAUGAUCCAGAUAAAGACGUUCUGAUCCAGUUCUACUCUCAGUCCUGUCCUCACUGCAAGAAGCUGGAGCCGGUCUACAGGGAGCUGGCUGCCACGCUGAGCUCUGAUCCUCACAUCGUCAUCGCCAAGAUGAACGCCGCUGAGAACGACGUGCCGCUGGGAUACGACGUGCAGGGGUACCCCACCAUCUACUUCACACCUGUGGGCCGCAAGGACGAGCCAAUCAGAUACGAGGGCGGUCGGGAGCUCAGAGACUUCCUGAAGUUCCUGCGCAGCGAGGCGAGUCACCGUCUGGUGGUCGGCGGCUCCAGGGACGAACUCUGACGCUCUUCAUCCAGUCGGGUCAGGCGGACGGUCUCCAUGGCGACGGACAGGUAGAGGAUGGGACACCUGAGACAGGAGGUGACGGACAGCUGCUGAGUCCAAUCAGAUUCCUCCGUCGUCAUGAUGUCACACAUGACAUCACCAGAUGAUUAUUUUUGUUUGUUUUUAUUUUUAUUUGUUUUGAGGACGUGUUGGGUUACGGGGACGUGAUCACUGUGUAACUUUAUAUUUAUUUAUUUAUUUAAUUUUUUAUUUAUUUAUUUUUCAGAUUUGAGUUAUCUGAUGAUUGUUUCCAUGUUGUUUCCUCUUUAAACGUUAUUUUAUUUUAUAUAAUUUCUCACGAGUUAAAAACAUUUUUUUUAAUAACAGAUUUUCUAAACGAAGUCGUUUUCGCUGCUGGAACAUUUUCAAAUCGUGUGAAAUUGUUAUUUUACUUUUGUAGAAAAAGUUUGAGGAGUUAAAAAACUGCUGCAGGAGAGGAGCUUUUAUUUUAUAAUGUCUUUUCAGAAUAAAACUUCCUGUCAUGUGUCUUUUAUUUAUUUAUACCAAACAAACCAAGUUUUUAAGUGUUAAAACUGUUUAGUUGGCGACAAACCUUCCUGUUUAUUUGUUUAUUUGUUUGUACACUGACGGCCUCGUUGUUUGUUUGUUGAUGAACUGGUGGAAGUUUACUGACUGAGCCUUAUUUCACAGUCAAAUCUUUAAUAAAUCUCUGAAAUCUGUUGACUGAUUUAACAAUAAAACCUGUUUAUUAAAAUCUAAA